GCUACUGCUCCAUGUCUAGAGAACACUGCAAGAAUACUACCAAGCAGAGACCCACAAUAUAAGAUACAAGACAAAGAAACAUGGGGAGAAACUUGAAAAGGCAGUACAAGCCCCGGAAUGUUCCACAGAUACCUCGCAUUCGAGUCCCUGCCUCUGCUGCGGACAACCCACUACUGAAGGACCUAAAUCAAGGGCAGCGGUGCUACUUCUACAGCAUCAUGAGGAUUUAUGACUCCAGGCCCCAGUGGAAGGCCCUGCAGACCCGUUACAUCCACAGCCUUGGGUACCAGCAGCAGCUGGGCUAUAUCACUCGGCAGGAAGCUGUGUCUUGUGCUGUUUUACUUAGACACUCGACCAUGCAAGCCUCAGCCAAGGCAGCUCCUCCAAGGGCCAUUCUCCGAAACUCUUCAGCCACACAAAGAAAAUGCCGGCCCGCAAAACCAGAGUCUAGAGCUGGACCCAGGGCCCAGCACAGCAUGCUGAGCAUCAGGACCUGAGACAAUCCAUAAUCUAUAAAAUAGUCAGCUCAUCGGUGCAUUCCCAGCAUCCUAGUAGGUGCUUGGUAUGUGUUUGUUGUAUGACAAUGAAGAUAAGAUUACUUACUAAUAGGGCCUCUAGACCUGCACAUCAUCCCGUCUUCACAUAAACAGCACAAACAAGAAGAUGGGAGAUUUGCAAGCUAUAGCAUACAUAAUAAGCAAGCUUUACCACACGUAGUCUGUGAAAUAAAGGGACUUCCAAAGCUUUCAAAGUAACAGCCGCUUUUGAUUUCCAACGUCCCAGUGAAGUCUGCAGGACAGUAGAAGGGGACAAGUGCCUGGACCCCUAUCCCUGGGUGACUGCUCCCUGCAAACUUCCCAUUGCACUUCUGAAAAUAACCAACCCACACAGCCAAUACUGAUUCUGGAGAUUUCUGGAGUCACAGUGCUAGUGACAAGUGCCACGUGCACUUAUCCACACCAAGCAAUAAUAUUCACUCUGGUCCUGCAGUUUCUGGUUCCUGACUUAAUCCGCUUUGUGUCCUUUCAAAAUUUGUGUUUAUCAGUCUGGUGCUGCCAGGUUGAGUCUACACAGCUGUAAUUGGCCUUGACAUGGGUAAGAUAAUUCAUGCACACACCUGCCCCUGGCAGCAACAAACACUCUCAGCAGAACAGAAAAUAGCCCCAAAGAAUUCAUCACAAGGCUUGUCUUUGAAGAUCUUAAGAACUCGUACAAGGCCGUGCAAACAAGCAAAUAAUGAGGAACAGGCAGUCAGAUUUCUCUACAAAUGGCGCUGUGCCAUAUUUGUUAUGUUUAAUAGUGACUUUCUUCACCAAUUAUUCUAUUAACUGUGAGUGUGCCAAAAAUUAGUGAUCCUAUACAGGCAAAUUAAAAACUGUCACUUCCUUAUCUCUAGUAUUUUUAAUGUCAUUCGUGUCAGCCAAUGACUAUCACCACAUGAGAAAUUGUUGAGCUAGAAUUUAUUUUACAAGGGAGAUGGAACAUUCGUCUGAAAAGAAAACGGGACAA